GUGUUUUGCUAUCAGCCAGAGCUGUUCGAGUAGAAUUCGAGUGCCUCCACCCAGCCACCCCUCGAUGUGACUCACUCGUUCGCAAGCGCGCAAUGUAUUUCGAGCGUUUUGGGUUCAAGUUGCUGUGCUGUUGCUGCCGUGUUUUUCGUCUGUGUUGUGGCUCACUCACUCACUCACUCACUCACAGCACACGGAAUCUGUUUUGUUGGCCUGGCGCUCCUGCACCUACUCUCUGCCAUCGGAGAAUCGGUUCGAGUUCGAGUUCGAGCGGUACACACUUUGGGUCUGCUCCGCGCUGCUGUUGGCUUGCGAAAAGCGAGAUAUUGAUAGUUUCGGCAUUGUCGUAUCAAAAUAAAGUGAACAUUCGUUUGAAGGCAACCGUUUAGACAAGGCGCGUUUUAUUUUUAUUGUUAUUAAUAUUAUUAUUGCGCUCCUCUCGAAUACAGACCAAUAACAUCUUCAACUUUUAUUAGUAAUACUUCGAAAGUGUUUUGUGCAUAGUCCAUGCAAGUGGCGGAAAACGCAAAGUUGGAAAUUUUGCAGUUUUCCGUAUUUUGAAUAUUCUUCGCGUAUUUCCGGAAAAGUUUGUAAUUCACCUACUGCAUCAAGUGCGGGUGAUACGAGUGGUACGCGUUUCCAAUGCGGAAGUGUGAUCAGUAAAAAAUGAAAAUUCGUAAAAAGUUGUAACAUAGGUGACAAGUACUGCAAACAGAUAAACCAACUCUACGAUUGAGCAGAAGGAAAGUGACAGUGAACAUAAAACAAUUUCCAGGUGACGACAGCGCGUGAGAAAAAAAAAAAGAGUAACAGUUGAUAGUGUGGCCUGGGGAAAAAAAUAGUGAAGUGGCUCCAUUGCUGAUGAUGUCCAUGCAAUAUGUGUGUUGAGUGCACGAUAGUAGUGAUAUGAAUAUAAAUUGAUUCUAUGCCCUCCAUGCUGUUGGGUUGCUGACGAGAAGUCGAGACUUGCUCAAAUAAACGUUGAACUCAUAAAAAACAACAGACCAUCUCGCACUAACGAGGGGCGAGCAGAACUUUGUUUUACCCACGGAUUUGAAGGAAGGUAUCCAAAAUUCUGGCCAACAUGAAUUCGUAUUUUGAGCAAACUGGUUUCUACGGGCAUCCGCAUCAAGCGGCCGGAAUGAUGACCGCAACUGGUACCCACCACGAUCAGACAACUGCUGCUGCUGCGGCUGCAUACAGAGGCUUUCCACUGUCCCUUGGAAUGUCCCCCUAUACAAACCACCACCUACAUCAGAGCAGAUCUUCCCAAGAUUCACCAUACGAUGCCAGCUUACAGGCAGCAUGCAAGCAAAUUUACGAAGGUUCCUAUAGUACCAAGGAUUGUGGGAAAACGGGCGGCGGAAAUGGAACCACAGACACCACCAACGGCUACAAGGAUGUGUGGAACUCGACAAACACGAGUGCCACCAAUAGCAAUACCAACACAGCGACUGGCGGAAAUGUACCUGCACAGCAAAACAGUUCAGUUCCUGUACGACCCUCGGCAUGCACACCAGAUUCCCGCGUUGGAGGCUAUAUUGAUGCUUCUGGGGGAAGCCCCGUCAGUCGAACAGGUUCCACCGCUGCCACCGGUGUUACCGGAACGUGGAACACUAACCAAUGCACAUUGACCGGUUCGACCGGUGGCCAAACAGCGCCAACCACCGGUCUGCACCAGUCAAACCAUACAUUCUACCCCUGGAUGGCUAUAGCAGGUAAGAGAUACUCAGAAUCUCUUGCGGGCACACUUCUUCCAGACUGGAUAGGUGCCAACGGAUUGCGAAGACGAGGCCGACAAACUUACACCCGAUACCAAACGCUGGAGCUAGAGAAGGAGUUUCAUACCAACCACUACCUGACCCGCCGGCGCCGGAUUGAGAUGGCUCACGCACUGUGUUUGACGGAGCGGCAGAUCAAAAUCUGGUUCCAGAACCGGCGGAUGAAGCUGAAAAAGGAAAUCCAAGCCAUCAAGGAGCUCAACGAACAGGAAAAGCAAGCGCAAGCCCAAAAGGCCGCAGCGGCGGCGGCACAGGCAUCGUUGCACGAGCAAAACUAGGGGUUAGACCAUACCAAUCACAGUAGUUCUAGUAAUUAUUUAUAUUAACUUUAAUGAGUUCUAAUGUUUUCGGUUAGAGCAGCGAUAUAUUUUCGUCUUGAGACUAAAGUUGUUUUAGUUCUUUUUUAUUUUUAUUUUUUUAUUUUUAAACUGAUACGUUAUGUUUCAAUUUUAGUUCCCUUUCCAAUUACGACGAAAGUAAGCUUCGUUCUAGAUAAAUUAAUUUUGUAAAAAGAAAUGUUGCUAAAGAGAUUAAUUUAAACAACUACUAAAACGCUAGUGAAAGGUAUAUUUCCAAAAACAAAAAAAAAACCAACCCUCAAUGCAAGAGGUGCAAUGUUCCCUAGUUCGGGGACGUGUUGUAAAAAGUUUUGAGUAUAAGAAUGGGAGAAAGUUGUACAAAAAGAAGCUGGUAGAAACUAUUUUCGAAUCUCAAUCUAAACUCAGUCUACGGAAUACCCUUUGUGAUGUGGUAAUUGCAAUACAUAAGUAGAAUUAUCAGCAGUGAUCGAAAGUCGAAACAACUCAACCAUAAAAUGCAUACUUGCAACAAUCCGCUUUUGCUGAUGAUGUCAGAUUUCUUUUAAUUGUUUAUAUUUGCUUGAAAUAAGGUUAUUUUAAGCAAAAUUGUGCUGUUAUCUCGUCCUAUUUUGAACGAUUGAGUUGUAAAUAUGUUUUGAAAGCUUUACCGCCCCAAACCGUCUCUUUCCAAAUUCUUUACGUUUACAAAAGUGGAUAAAAUGCCAACGAUAUGUUCGACUAAAACGUACUUUACAAAUUUAAGAAUAACUGUCCACCUACCGUUUAAGUUUUCUCCUAUCCAGAAAAGACUAACGAAUAACAACAGAGAUACGUAACUUUUUUGUGAAAUGUCAAACCCAUUCAAAUGGUAUCAAUAAUUAUCCGGUUGGUUGACCCAAAUUCUGAGCAAACGAAUGCUGUAGUAAUAUAUUGUUCAUGUACUUAUUUAUUGCAGGGAAACGAUCUUGUAUAUAGCCAUGCCCUACGUUUUCCCUUAUCAAAAUUUUCUUCAGUGCAAUAAUUUACGGUCAAGAAAUUUAACGUUCAAAUGAGAAACGCAAACUAUGUGUCGCGAGUUAAGCGAAGCUGCAUGUGUAGUGAACAACCGCCGUAGUGUAGUUUAAUCUCCACUUUUAGAUCCAUCCAGAAUAACAGGACGUGACACAACAAACCACUUCUCUCUAUCUUCUUCUAGCCCUCAGAUCCGAUUCCAAAACAAACUUCUUUUUUAUAUUCGUGCUUCGAAAUUCACUGUUUUCAUUUGUUCCCCUUGAAAUGAUGUGAGCGAUAUUUGAAACACAAAGCCAAAAUACUGUAACAUAAAGCAGGAGCAUUUCGAUUCCAAUUUUAUCGUACAUUCAAACACAUCCACACACAAGCUCAUUGUCUAGAAAAUAGAUCUGUAAUGUUUGUUUCCAAUCAUCCUACUAUCAAAGAUACCUUUUAGCCCGCCUGACAAAUUCACCCGACUCAGUAUGAAACGGAUGCUCCUUAAUGUUUAAAAGGCAAACUGGAAGGAAUAGAUUGAAAAUACGUAAUUAGACGAGAUUAAGAGUAAUUAAAAACAAACACACACACAAAUGGAAAAAAAUGUAUACGUAACUAGAUGGUAAGCUAAAGUAUAUUUAAUAAAAAUUUAAACAAUGAAGAAGCAAACUAAAAGCAGAAUGUGGAAUAGUUACAAAAAAUCGAAAAAGAAAAAAAAAUAAUUUAAAAAUAAUGGAAUGAUACGUAAGUAAAUAAGAUUUUUAUAGUUGAUAAGUAACUUAAUUGGAAUGAAACAUUAAAGCAAAUCACACCCACACAUACACAGAGACAGACACACACACACCAACCAGACACACAGAAAACAAAGUAAUAUAUUCCAGAGAGUAGACGAGGAAAAACAGGAGGGCUGUCAAUAUUUGACGACAACAGAUAAGCAAGAAGGCAGUUCCUAUAUGUGAAAAAAAAAACCGAGGGAAAAUCAAUCCUGUGCGAUUGAGCGCGCGGAAAUUCAUUGAUGAUGAAAAAAGAGUCCCUAUGACAAAAUAAAUGACUAUGAAAAUUUAA